AUGGCCGACGAAAAUGCGCGCCAGUCCGUCAGAUGGCCGACGAAAAUGCGCGCCAGUCCGUCCGAUGGCCGACGGUUCCGACCGUACGGUCGACCAAAUAUUUUUCUCGAUCUUUUCAUUUUCUCCCACUCUGAAAACCUUCUAACCACGAUUUUGAGAGUUUUUAUCGUGGAAAAUCUGAAAACGGCCGGAGAAAAAUCGAAUCAGUACGGUGACAAGUGUUCUGGCCGACGAAAAUGCGCGCCAGCCCGUCCGAUGGCCGACGAUUCCGACCGUACGGUCGACCAAAAUUGUUUUUUCGAUUUUUUCAUUUCCACCCACUCUGACAACCUUGUAACCACGAUAUUACGAGGCUCGGGCGUGGAAAAUGGGGAAACGACCGACCGAAAAUCGAAUCCGACCGGUGAAAUGCGUUUUGGCCGAGAAAUCAUGCACGCCAGUCCGUCCGAUGGCCGACGGUUCCGACCGUACGGUCGACCAAAUAUUUUUUUCUCGAUCUUUUCAGUUCUGGCCACUCUGGAACCUUCCAAUCACGAUUUUGGCAGGUUUGAAUGUGGAAACUCGACAAAUGAUCGACCAUUUUUCAAAUCCGAACGGUCCCUUAGUUUUUCUCCGCCGAGAGAACCAUGCCCGCCAGUCAACGGACGGUGGUGCACCACCGAUCCCACGAUCGCAACCCUUCCCAUCCCGCUGUACGACCCAUCCCAAGACCAGCCCAUUAAGGAAAGGCAUAAAUCGUAA